AUGCUGGCCGGCCGCGCCGCGCGCACCUGUGCGCUGCUCGCCCUCUGCCUCCUGGGCAGCUGGGCCCAGGAUUUUGGGCCGACGCGCUUCAUCUGCACCUCGGUGCCGGUGGAAGCCGACAUGUGCGCCGCGUCCGUGGCCGCCGGCGGCGCCGAGGAGCUUCGGAGCAACGUGCUGCAGCUCCGCGAGACCGUGCUGCAGCAGAAGGAGACCAUCCUGAGCCAGAAGGAGACCAUCCGCGAGCUGACCACCAAGCUGGGCCGCUGCGAGAGCCAGAGCACGCUGGACGCGAGCGCCGGCGAGGCGCGGACGGGCGGCGGCCGCAAGCAGCCCGGCUCGGGCAAGAACACCAUGGGCGACCUGUCUCGGACGCCGGCCGCCGAGACGCUCAGACAACUCGGGCAAACUUUGCAGUCGCUCAAAACCCGCCUGGAGAACCUCGAGCAGUACAGCCGGCUCAAUUCCUCCAGCCAGACCAACAGCCUCAAGGAUCUGCUGCAGAGCAAGAUCGAUGACCUGGAGAGGCAGGUGCUGUCUCGGGUGAACACUCUGGAGGAGGGCAAGGGGGGCCCCAGAAAUGACACCGAGGAAAGAGUCAAGAUCGAGAGCGCCCUGACUUCCCUGCAUCAUCGGAUCAGCGAGCUCGAGAAAGGUCAGAAGGACAACCGCCCUGGAGACAAGUUCCAGCUCACAUUCCCCCUGCGGACCAACUACAUGUAUGCCAAGGUGAAGAAGAGCCUGCCGGAGAUGUACGCCUUCACGGUGUGCAUGUGGCUCAAGUCCAGCGCAGCGCCAGGGGUGGGCACGCCCUUCUCCUAUGCCGUGCCCGGCCAGGCCAAUGAGCUGGUCCUCAUUGAGUGGGGCAACAACCCCAUGGAGAUCCUCAUCAACGACAAGGUGGCUAAGCUGCCCUUUGUAAUCAAUGACGGCAAGUGGCACCACAUCUGCAUCACCUGGACCACCCGGGACGGGGUCUGGGAAGCCUACCAGGAUGGCACCCAGGGAGGCAACGGCGAGAACUUGGCGCCCUAUCACCCCAUCAAGCCACAGGGCGUGCUGGUGCUGGGCCAGGAGCAGGACACUCUGGGUGGCGGGUUUGAUGCCACCCAAGCGUUCGUGGGCGAGCUGGCCCAUUUCAACAUCUGGGACCGCAAGCUGACCCCGGGGGAGGUGUACAACCUGGCCACCUGCAGCACCAAGGCCCUUUCCGGCAACGUCAUUGCCUGGGCUGAGUCCCACAUCGAGAUCUAUGGCGGAGCCACCAAGUGGACAUUCGAAGCCUGUCGCCAGAUCAACUGAGGCCCAGGGCCGGGCUGAGCCUCCUGGUCCCCAGGU